AUGGAUCCGAUAUUUCCCAUCUUUAAAUUCGUCUUUACGUCAAUUCUCAAAGUACCUGAUAUUAGGCUUAAAUUGCCAAGCAUUUUCGAAAAGGGUCUUCCCAAAAUGCUUGUAUUUUUCCUUCUGUUUGCUUCAUAUUUUGUUAUUUGUUCUGGAGUUGUUUAUGACAUGAUCAACGAGCCUCCAUCAAUCGGAAGCAAGAGAGAUGCCGAUGGAAAAGUUAGACCUGUAGCGGUUCUUGAAUAUAGGUUGAAUGCUCAGUAUGUGAUUGAAGGUUUUAGUGCUGGAUUUUUAUUCAGUUUAGGUGGAUUAGGAUUUAUUUCUUUGAACUGGGCUGCCGAUCCAUCAGCCACAUCUCGUGCCCGAUAUAUCUUUCUAGGAUUGGGAGCAUUUCUUGUAAUUUUGGCUUACAACGUUUUAAUCAUGUUCUUGAAGAUGAAGAUACCAAAUUAUCUUCAAUAA